UCCGUUGAAAAUAUUCAAGUUUAAUAUACCUAUUGCAUUCCAAAAUUUUUACCGAUACCUAUAUUAAUAGCUUAAAUCAGUCGCUAAGCAAACGCGGAACGAUUCACUACACGAAAAAAUAAACUUCCCACUUCAAAUUAAGUGCAAAACGAGCCUCCUUUCAAAAUGACACUAAUAUUAAAAAUGAUUUACAAGUAUUACCAUGAUUUAAUGGAACAUUACACGGAUCCGCGAACAAAAGAUUGUUUUCUUGCCCAAAGUCCCCUCAUUCCCAUUGUGAUAGUUACACUUUAUUUUCAAUUUGUUCAAAAAUGGGGACCAAGUCUGAUGAAAAAUCGACCUGCAUUUAAUUUAAAUAAAGUUUUAGUAGUUUAUAAUGUAUUGCAAAUAGUUUUAUCAACUCGACUUUUUUACUUAGGAUGCAAACAUGCCUACGUCUUCGGACCGUACAGAUACAUUUGUGAACCUGUGGACUAUUCAGAAGAACCUUUGGCAGUACUUGCUGCAAAUGAAGUACACAAUUAUUAUUUGCUAAAGGUUCUCGAUCUACUCGACACAAUAUUUUUUGUACUGAGAAAAAAGCAAAAACAGGCGACAUUUCUGCAUAUUUACCAUCACAUAGGAAUGGUUCUUGCUGUAUGGGUAGGAGUGCGAUUUAUACCAGGUGGCCAUGUUCUUUUCAUUGGAUUGGUCAACACAUUUGUACAUAUGGUAAUGUACUCUUAUUAUUUGAGGGCGAUUUUUGACGAUUCAUCUAAGAUAUGGUGGAAAAAAUAUAUUACUCUUCUCCAAAUUUUCCAAUUUGGUAUAAUAACUAUUCAAUGGCUAUUAAUGAUUUUAGGACCUUCAUGUGGAUUUCCAAAAGGCUUGGCUUUAAUAUUUUUACCACAAAAUACAUUUAUGACAGCGAUGUUUUUGGACUUUUAUUAUAAAGCAUACAUAAAAAAAUAAGUGAAACACAUGAAAAUCUAGUUAGUUUCUUUAUUUUUA